AUUAAUCCUAAAGAAACAAACUUGUAUAAAAUUUUAACUCUUGGAGAAUUAGGUCCAGAUAUGGUAUCAUUGUCAUAUAACACUUUUCCAUUUAUUAUUUCGGAUGGAUUAAUAAAAAGUCUUAAGUUUGCAAAUUUGGGAUUAGAAAAAGGAAAAAAUAUUUUUAAUAAAGUUAAGGAUGUCAUUAGUUCAAUUAAUGGUACUGAUUCAAGUCAAACUCCCGCAGAACCUCCUCCUGCAUCAGGACCAAUACCUGCACCUAGACCACCCGUAACACCUCCAGGAACACAACACGACGAACCAUUUAAUACUGACAUAUUAUCUUCCACUCUCCCCGUUGGAAUAAGUUUUGCACUAGGUUCGAUCGCUCUAUUAUUUUACAUGAAGAAAAAACCCAAAAUUACACCUAUGAAACUUUUUCGUGUUCUUGAUAUACCGCAAAACGAUUAUGGGAUACCAACAUCCAAAUCUUCCAACGGAUAUAUCCCAUAUGGUAAAUAUAAAGGCAAAACAUACAUAUAUGUUGAAGGAGAAGAAACGGAGGAUUAUGUUCGCGAUAUAUCUUCUUUGGAUAUCACUUCUUCAUCAGAAAGUGAAUAUGAAGAGAUGGAUAUAAAUGAUAUAUAUCCCUAUAAAUCACCUAAAUAUAAAACUUUGAUCGAAGUGGUACUAAAACCUAGUACAAAUAAUAACGUACAAGAUACUUAUACAGAUGAUGUGAAAGAUAAUAGUGAUACACCCAUCAAUAAACUUACAGAUGAAGAAUGGAAUCAACUGAAACAGGAUUUUAUCUCGCAAUAUUUACAAAAUAUACAAGAGGAUUUACCUAAUGAAAAUAUCAUUGAUGAUAAUAUAUAUAAAAAUAUCCAACCUGAUAUUGUGGAUAGUGGUAAUCCUCUUGAAAAACCUUUUAUUACAUCUAUUCAGGAUAGAUUUCUUGAUAAUCAUGAAAAAAUCAAUUACGAUAUAGAUUGGAA